AUGGAUCCGAAUCCAGUGGAUAAUCAACGACGGCCGGGAUACGAGUACUGCCAUCAUAUCGAGAUUGACGACGACCGCAUAAAUACAAAGCGGCAGAUCCGAACCAAUUUCAUCCCCAAACCAAGAGACGUCGGAGCUGUUCAGUCCACACUGUGCUCCGAGACUAUCGUCGAACGCGUCCUCUGCUGCGACCACGAGGGCGAGCUCUUCAUUUGCUCGCAAAUCCGGCUGAGGGAGUACUGGAUGCCGGAGGCCCAGAUCCAGGGAUUGAUCCACGAGGCGUUUGACCUUUUCAAUUGGCAUUUGAUAAAAUAA